AUGAUUAAUCCAUUCAAUCAUGGCCGGUCGAUCGCCGGCGCCGCUUCCCCUUUACCUCCUAAUUCCCUGCUUUGCCUCGCGGCGCUCGCCGCCUUCUUCACCAUCCUUCGCCUCAAUCGCAGCCCUGCCGCCGUCGUCCCCGACGAGAUAGGCGCCGACCUCUACGAGCGCCGCCACUACCUGCGCCUCGUCUACGGCACUCAGCAUAGCACCUUCGCCGCCGUCGACGUCAAGUUCGUCUUCUGCAAGCUCACCAAGGUGGAGCAGCGCUUCCUGGUGGCCCUCGAGGCCCUCCGCUUCGGCGACAUCAUCGUCCUCAACUGCACCGAGAACAUGAGCGCCGGCGAGACCUACUCCUUCCUCUCGGCGCUGCCGGCCGCCCUGGCGCCUCGCCGCUACGACUACGUGAUGAAGACCGACGACGACUCGCUCGUGCUGGUGGAAGCGCUUGCCACGGCGCUGCGGCCGCUGCCGCGGCGUGACCUCUACUACGGCCUGCGGCGCCGACAGAGCGGACCUCUUCUCCGGCGCCUACAUGUCCAACAUGGGGUUCCUGCUGUCGUGGGACGUGGUAGAGUGGAUCGUGACGUCGGAGUUGCCCGCGGGGGACAGGGUGGGCCCGGAGGACAAGGUGGUGGGUAGGUGGCUGGCGAAGGAGAAGAAAGGAAGGAACAGAGUCUCGUCGCUGGCGAUGUACCCUCCAAGCUCUACUACGUCGAUCGGCCGUGAAACUUAACGGUGUGCUGCCUCCGCCGUUAAUUAGCGAUCUAAAAAACGUA